AUGUCACAGACUGUGAUGGUUGAAAACCACAAAUUUUUAACCGACAAAACAUUGCUCAUUAGAAAGUCGAGAAAUCUUCAUCCACCUCCAACUGAGAGUGACAGUAGAAAAUAUCUGCUUAUCCAACCCUCCAUUAGACUCCAGUCUCCGUUCGUUACCUCUUCUACUAUUGUUCCAUCCCUGAUUCCAUUACGAAGUUAUUAA